AUGGCAGCGUCUUACCCCUGUAAGGGAAGACAAGCCGGUAACAUUUUGGAGAUAGCUCUAGAAGUACUCGCUAUAUAUGUUGUGAUGUUGGUCGACUCUGCCAUAUCUUACGUAGAAUCCCUGUUUCUUCCAAUCUGCCAAGUGCGAUUGUUGACGAAAAUGAAGGCGAAGAUGAAGAUGAGGGAAGGGUACGAGAUUCUCGCUCUUUCCUAUACCGUGGAUAUAUACGAUCACCUGGAAGACCUCCUCUGCUACCGAUUCAGGGAUAAGACUCUUCUACAGGAGGCCUUCACCCACGGCUCCUACACCAAGUCUCCCUCCUACGAACGCCUAGAGUUCCUGGGCGAUGCCGCUCUCAGCCUCGCUCUCGCCGAGUACGGCUUCCGAUCCUAUCCUCUACUCGACUCUGGUAAACUCACUGACCUCCGUAAAGCCAACGACAGCAACGAGAACCUUGCGCGUGUCGCCGUCCACCACAAGCUCUUCCGCUACGUCCGUCAUAAUGUCCGUUCUCUUCAUGCCAGGGUUAAUAAGUUCGCUCUUGCGGUUCAAGAUGAAGACGGCGUCUUUACCAACUGUGGAUCAGUUAAAGCACCUAAGAUUUUGGCUGACAUUGUUGAAUCUCUUACCGCAGCUGUUUAUGUCGACUGUAAUUGUGAUCUCAAAGUUCUAUACGAAGUUUUUAAGCGUCUCAUGGAUCCAAUUAUAACCCUUGAAACCCUAGACAAGCAACCACGGCCGGCAACGACCAUGCUGUUUGAGUUCUGCCACAAGCAAGGCAAGAAAGUUGUCAUUAAGAGUUGGAGGAAAGAGUUCAAGAAUUUCGCUUUUGUUUAUGUAGACAGGAAGCUCAUUGGCUAUGGUUCUUCGGAGAAAACGAAGAUUGCUAAACUUGAGGCGGCAAAGGAAGCUUUGCAGAAGCUCUGGAAAUUCGACCUUUCGAAGACGAAGACUGAUCAAAUUGGUCAUGGAGCUGAUGAGAUUGAGAGGGCUAAGCUCGAGUUGAAUGAGCUCUGCCGCGAGGAGAGUUGGUGUGAGCCCAAGUAUAGAAGAGAGGGUGAGAUUGGUCCUUCCCAUGCCAGGAAAUUUAUAUGUUCAGUUCAAGUAGAAACCGCUGAUGGCGAAUAUUUUACAAUUGGAGAUGAAAGGUCAAGGGUAAAGUAUGCAGAGAAUUCAGCAGCGUCCAUGAUGCUUCAAGGCUUGCCAGAUAGUGAGUAUGGUAUUGGAUGA